AAUUUAAUUUAAUUAUUUAAUUUGACAAAUAUAAAUUUAUAGGACGCCGACGACCCAACCAAACCCAACUCUCUUCUUCUUCUUCCUCUUCCAUUUCUGCUUCUUCUUCUUCAGCUGAUCUUCUCAAUCUCUCUCUCUUUCCAAUUCGGUCUCUCAGAUUUUUGUGAUUGGAAGGGAGAGAGAAUGUCUGGAGGUGGUACGCAGAAAAGUAUAAGAAAAGCACUUGGAGCCCUUAAGGACACUACCACCGUUUCAUUGGCUAAAGUCAAUAGUGAUUACAAGGAAUUGGAUAUUGCUAUAGUGAAGGCCACAAAUCAUGUCGAACAACCUGCUAAGGAAAGACAUAUUAGAGCUAUUUUUGCUGCCAUUUCAGCUACUAGGCCUCGAGCUGAUGUCGCUUAUUGCAUCCAUGCUCUUGCCAGGCGGUUAUCAAAGACACAUAAUUGGGCGGUUGCAUUGAAAACCUUAAUUGUUAUUCAUCGUGCUUUGAGGGAAGUGGACCCCACAUUUCAUGAGGAACUUAUUAAUUAUGGUAGCAGCAGAAGUCAUAUGCUUAACAUGGCUCAUUUUAAGGACGAUUCCAGUCCGAAUGCAUGGGAUUUUUCUGCCUGGGUUCGCACUUAUGCCUUGUUUUUGGAGGAAAGGCUUGAAUGCUUUCGCGUCCUGAAGUGUGAUGUUGAAACUGAUCGACCUAGAACUAAAGACUUGGACACAGCUGAACUGCUCGAGCAUCUUCCUGCUCUCCAGCAACUUCUGUUUCGUGUUCUUGGUUGUCAGCCUCAAGGGGCAGCAGUUAAUAACUUUGUUAUUCAGUUGGCACUUUCAUUGGUUGCUUCUGAAAGCGUCAAAAUCUACCAAGCUAUUAAUGAUGGUACUGCCAAUUUGGUUGACAAGUUCUUUGAAAUGCAACGGCAUGAUGCGAUGAGAGCUUUGGAUAUAUAUAGGAGAGCUUGUCAGCAGGCAGAAAGACUUUCAGAAUUUUAUGAGAUAUGUAAAAGCAUGGAUAUUGGACGCGGAGAAAGAUUUAUUAAGAUAGAGCAGCCUCCUGCAUCAUUCCUACAAACAAUGGAAGAGUACGUGCGCGAAGCUCCACGAAUGUCAGUUCGCAAAGAACAGGACAAAAGUAGUUCUCCGAAGGAAGUAUUAGCUAUAGAGUACAAAAAAGAGCCAGAGAUGAAGGAAGAGAAAGAAGAACGUCCGCCAUCACCACCUCUGCCUGAACCAACAAAAACUGAAGCUCCUAUUGUUGAACCACCGGACUUAUUGGGCUUGAAUGAUCCUGUUCCAGCUUCUUCAGAACUCGAUGAGAAGAAUUCCCUGGCUCUGGCUAUUAUUCCAGUCUCUGACCAACCUAGUACAACUGCUCCAAGUCUAGCCAAUGGCACUACAGGUUGGGAACUGGCACUUGUUACAGCACCAAGCUCGAAUGAAAGUGCUGCAGCUGCUAGCAAACUGGGAGGAGGGUUCGAUAAACUCACAUUAGACAGCCUAUACGAUGACGCAAUCAGAAGAAGCAACCAGCCUGUGAGCUAUAACCCUUGGGAGGCAGCCCCAAUGACCGGUCCCAUGAUGCAAACAGCGCACGAUCCUUUCUACUCCUCGAAUGCUGUGGCUGCACCACAUUCGGUGCAGAUGGCUGCCAUGGCCAAUCAACAGCACGCUUUCAUGUUGCAGCAGCAACAGCAACAGCAACAGCAGCAACAAAUGAUGAUGAUGAUGGGCCCACAACAACCGCCUUCAAAUCCAUUUAGCAAUCCUUACGGAACCAAUGUCCAUACAUACGGCUCAGGUAUGCCACAUGCUCAAGCCUACAAUCCAUAUUCGGGCCUCAUAUAGUUGGUUUGCAUGUGAGACGCACAUUAUUUUUUCUGGAAAAGUGGGAAAGAAAGAAAGAACAUGGGAAGGAUCGACGAGCUUCAGAUUUUGAGAUUGGGGAAGAACAGAGGGAGUUUGUACCAUAUGUUGUGUAUGUGCAGUAGUCAAAGUUAGAAUGAGAUUCUUCUUCAAUAAUUAGCAGGAGGAAGGACUUUUGAUUAGUGAUUAUUAUUCACAUUGAUGGAGGUUAGUAAUAAAGCAUUUGAAUCUACUACUAUUAUAGUUUUACCAACCUGCUAUUAUUGUUGUUGAUUAUAGAAAUUUUUAAUAUUGUCUCAUUAUAAUAUUCUUUUCCCUGCUAAAUACCCGUAGAUAAUAGAAAUGAUUUGUAAUCUCUGUGAUUAUCACCACAUUUAUGUAAUGAAUAGACAUUGAGUUUGAAUUUGAUUUGUGUAACAGUGGUCUUCGCUCUUUA